AUUCUUGGAUUAGUUCCUUUCAUAAUUUUUUUGAUUCGUGAUUUUUCUUACGCGGAUAUAAAUGUGUCACCUGAGUUCAACUGCAGAUUUAGAAUGAAAAACACUGAAUAUUUGCAGCAAUGUUUUUGUCGUGAAGCAGAUACUUCUAAUACAACAAAAGUUUGUAAUUUGGAGGUCACCAAUGAACAGAUGCUGGGCAAUGGUUGGUGGAAUUUGGAUUCUAGGAGGGGUUUUGUUCCAUAACGAGGAAAGAGAACAAGAAAUGGAAGCGGAUUAAGAAUUGUUAUAACAGGAGUAUAACAACUACAUUGUGUCUUACAUCAUGAAACAACAGUUGAGGUGGUGGAAACAGCUUAGUAAAUAUAUCAAGGAGGAAUUCUGGUGACCUUCUUUCAGCUCUUACCAAGAAAACAUCUCCAGGACCAUCUCCUUUAGCUGCCAACCCGAUGAUUGUGAAUGACAGAGCUCUUUGACUCGGCGAGGAUGGCAGACACUAAAUACGUAGGUAGAAGAUGGGAGGACAUGGAUACUGAUGUCCUGGUGAAGAUAUUUAAGGAGUUAAACAUGAUCCAACUGGCUCCAGUUUCCCGGGUUUGUCGUUCGUGGCGCAUGGCUUGUUCAGAUCCAUUUAUUUGGAACACCCUUGACCUGGGUCACCUGCAGUCCAACUUUAUCCAGACAACAGCACCACCAUAUAUAUGGGUGGAUGAAAGGUCUGAUAGGAGGUUGACUCGAAUAUUGAGGAUGGCUAUGGCUCUUAGUUUUGGAAAUGUCACGUACAUGAUCUUUCAUUUUAAUCUAUACAUGAAAGAUGAUCAUCUUAGUUACAUAUCAGAAAGGUCUCCUUAUCUUAGAAGACUAGUUAUGCCGGCUUGGAACCGCAUCACAAAAGUUGGGAUAUGCCAAGCCAUCCGGAGAUGGGAGAAUCUGGAAUCACUUACAAUGCCCGGUAUUCCCCAUCCUCCAUACAUAAUGGAAGAAAUAAGUAGAAGCUGCAAAAAUUUCUCACAGCUUAAGGUUAUGGGUACAUUUGAUGUGAACUUUGCAUUUGCUAUCACGGUGAACCUUCCAAAGCUGAAAGUAUUAAGCCUGCGAUGUUCUAUAAUCACAAAGCAAGCCUUGCUGCUUAUCUUGGACUCCAUGGAUAGUCUGGAGGUGCUCAAUAUAUCUCACUGCCUUUUGCUUGAAACCCUUCGGAGACCGGUUCACUCAGAACUAGACCAAGCCAUCCUUAACAAGGGUUCACGGAUACGCGAAUUCUUCCAUUGCCAGAGCAACUCAUGCACUACAUGCAAGAGGAUGAUCGAAGAUGAAGGUCUGAUGCGGUGGUACCGGUAUGAGGAUUGGUUCUGGCGCCGCGAUGAGGUUAGCUCUCUUGAUCUCGGGGACUACGGAAAGUUGUUCGAUGAAAACUGUGUGAACAGAUUGACUGCUUCAUAGUGACAGUAUUUUUGAAGAAUACACAUGCUUAUUUAU